UACGAGGUCCUGCAAAAGUGUGGAGAUUCGGAGAAAGCAGUUAGGGAGUCAAAUCUUGAUUGAGGCCAUGGAGGAGAGUUAUGAAGUGGACCUCGUCUACAUCACGGAGAGGAUCAUCUCCCUCUCUUUCCCCGCUGGAGCCGAGGAGCGCAGCUACAUCAACAACCUCAAAGAGGUGGCGGCAAUGCUGCGAUCCAAGCAUGGAGAACACUACCUGGUGCUCAACCUGAGCGAGCAGAGGAACGACUUAACGAAGUUAAACCACAAGGUUCUUGAGUUUGGCUGGCCAGAUCAUCAUGCGCCAGCGCUGGACAAGAUCUGCAGCAUGUGCAAAGCCAUCGACACAUGGCUUGGCGGAGACCAGCGCAACGUGGUGCUGCUGCACAACAAGGGAAAUCGAGGCCGAACAGGCGUAGUGGUGGCUGCAUACAUGCACUACAGCAACAUAUCUGCAAGUGCUGACCAGGCACUAGACAGGUUUGCCAUGAGGCGUUUCUACGAGGACAAAGCUCUUCCUAUGGGUCAGCCGUCACAGAGAAGGUAUGUGCAAUAUUUUAACGGCCUCCUGUCUGGGCACAUAAAGAUCAACAACAAGCCCCUCUUUCUGCAUCAUGUCAUCAUGCAUGGCAUACCCAACUUUGAAUCCAAAGGAGGAUGCCGGCCGUUCCUGAAGAUCUACCAAGCGAUGCAGCCGGUCUAUACGUCCGGGAUAUACAAUGUGCAAGGAGACAGCAAUACCAGUAUCUGUAUCACCAUUGAACCUGGGCUACUUCUGAAAGGAGACAUUCUGCUGAAGUGUUACCACAAGAGGUACAGGAGCCCGACCAGAGACGUGGUGUUCAGGGUGCAGUUCCACACCUGUGCUAUCCAUGACCUUGGGGUGGUUUUUGGGAAGGCUGAACUCGAUGAGACGUUUAAAGAUGAAAGGUUCCCAGAGUAUGGAAAGGUGGAGUUUGUGUUCUCAUAUGGACCUGCAAAAAUCAGAGGUCUCGACCACUUGGAGAACGGGCCCAGCGUCUCUGUGGACUACAACACCCAGGACCCCCUUAUCCGCUGGGACUCAUAUGAGAGCUUCAGCCAUCCCAGCGAGGACACAGCAGACACAGAGAACGAUGUUGGUCAUACUCAAGGUCCACUUGAUGGAAGUCUUUAUGCCCGGGUCCGAAAGAAAGACUCUUUGGAGGGAGUUGUUACCAUCAAUGGCCUUCCAGUCCGUGAAAACCCCUUGACAAAUACAGAGAGUUCAUUGCAGCAAUCUAACCAUCAUCUUCAAAAGACUGAGCAGUCCCUUCCUGUGGCAGGACACACUUCCCUCCCUGCUGUAGAUCAUACACUUUCUGUGAGCAGUGACUCAGGCAACUCUACCGCAUCUGUCAAGACUGAUCGCACUGAUGAGCACAGCCAUUCCCUGCACACAGCUGCAGGUCACAACAACCCAACAACAGCCCACCCAACACUUAGCCCACAUGAGAAACGAGAAUUAAACCAGCUUUUAAGCGGCCUUGAGCCACCAAAUCAGCGACAGGCUUAUCUGUCCACAUCUACCAGUCCAGGGGGAGGGGUUCGCCACCUUGUUCCAGCACAGGUGCAUGUCAACGGGGCCCAUACCAGGCUUCUUGGGGCACCAUCAACAGAGGAGCGUGAAACCGAUAUCCUUGAUGACGAGCUUCCUAAUAGCCAAGAGGGCAAUAGUGUGGAUAGUUUGGGUACCCUCUCAUCAUUAGAGGGUCAGGCAACACCAGCUAGCCUCUACUACCAAUCACAAACACCAGUUAGUGGCCAGAACGACGGCCUAUAUCUUGAGAGAAACGUUCUUGGGGAACAGCUGAACGAAAUGCCUGUGCAUGGAGUGCGAACUCCUACAGCAAUGCAGGAAAGGUCCGUAGACUCACCUUCGCCCCAGGGGGGAUACAACAACUACCAAAAUGGAGGAGGGAUGUACCGUUCCCAGUCCUUCGGUAAUCAGCCACCCAGUAGCCCUGAGACCAACCCUAAAAUAAUGCCCAAGGCCCCUGAGAGGAGCACCAGCAGUCGAGAAGCAGUUCAAAGAGGUCUUAACCACUGGCACCAGCAUAGUCUUCCAGAUGAUCCCUUUGGGCCUCCUCCUCAGUCGACCCACAGCCUGCCUCAUUUCCCAACCUCAGCCUCACAGCGAGACAUUGAGCAGUCCAUAGAGGCACUAAACAUGCUGAUGCUUGAUUUAGAUCCAAUUAACUCACACAUGUCUAAGUCGCACAGUGCACCUCCUGGAGAUAACACCCUCAGUUCAUCCCAAAUACCCUUUUCCCAGACCCUGGCUAGGCCAUCCUACCAAGGGGAUUCUGCCAUCCAUGGCUACAACUCUGGAUCAGUGAACAAUACCUAUCAUCAGCCACUACGGACAGCUGGGAGGGUUCCAGUGCCAAACCAGAGUCCUGUCACAGAGUCUCCAACAUGCUCCCCCCAAAGGUCCAAUUCUAGCUACCAAUACCAGAACACCACCCCAACACACACUCCUGAGCCCUACCUCCACACAUGUCAAGCAACCCACCACUACCCCAUUGAUACUUCUGCUAAUCUUAGCCAGCAGUCUCCCCAGAAACUGACAAACUCAACAAGCAGAGUUUCACACUCCCCAGACUCACAUGGGCAAUCUCCUUACCAAGGAUACAGCACCUCUUCUUCACCUCUUCCUGCCCUCACACCCCAACCCAAGGAUUUGUCUUCUUCUCCCUUGCCAAGAGAGCAAGAUGCAGAGGAAGAGACUCUAAAUUUGGAAGGCCUGGUUGCUCACCGUAUUGCUGAAUACAACGCUCGUAUUCGGGGCAUCAGUGAAAGCAUGACAUCCCAACAAUCUGACCGCCAUCGCUCCUAUUCCUUCUCUGGUGUUCGCUCUAGAGGAAUGACCCCGGAGGUGACGCAGGAGACAGGCAGGCGCCGGACAACAAGCGAGGGGCACUACCAGAGUGGCCAUGAUAAUGUUUCUGCUUCCCACUCGCCGGACUUCGCCAACAAUCUGGCUCUGAACCCGGGAGGAAGGCCCAAAGAGGGUCCUAUGCACAGUUACCGGGAAGCAUUUGAGGGUGAUGAGUCUGGACGGAAUUGCAACAGUCCUGCUUUUGAAGGUAGUGCUCGAUCUACUCCAGGUUUGACAAAGACACCUCUGUCUGCUCUGGGACUAAAACCUCAUCAACAAGACUCUGAUUGUAAAAAUGAACAGCAAGAUAAUCGCAGCAUUGGGGACUCGAGGCCACAGCCGUUCAGUGCUCCUCUGUCCUCCAGCAGUCCAGUCCACACCACUGAUGGAAGGAGGACUGGUUCUUCAGAUGGUGACCCCCACAGUCCCGCCUCCCCAUACACCCAUAGACCUGCCUCGCCUGAAGGCUCCCAGGUCAACAUCAUGGGUGUCCACACAGUUCCCGGCAGCCCAAACACCCUCCACCGCACAGUGGCCACCAACACCCCCCCCAGCCCAGCCCUUCAAAGACGCCUAGGUCAGGCCAGCCCCUCCCUGGCCAGACACCAGCCACCAGCCGGAGUCCCAUCCAGUCCUCUGAUUGGCCGAAACCCUAAAACCGCAACAGCAGGCGUCCCCCCAAGUCCACUAAUGGGGCGUCGCGCGCCGUCAAGUGGUCACAGCACACCUGAUGAGCUGGGCGCCGCCUCUCGGCAGGGGAGCACCCAGCCGCCUCCCACCCCCGCCUUCCCUGUCUCCCCACAACUUCCGGAGAAGAGACACAUGUCCAGUGGAGAUGCAGAGAGGACAGACAACAGGAACCUGACGGCAGCCAGCGGUGGCAGCGCGCCAAACCUUUCUGGCGCACAUACUCUCCCAGACGUCUCCAAGUCCAUCUAUGAUGGUUAUCCAGACAUAAGGAUGAAUGUUAAGUUUGUCCAGGACACUUCUAGGUUCUGGUACAAGCCUGACAUCUCUAGAGAACAAGCCAUCAGUCUUUUAAAGGACAGGGAGCCAGGAGCAUUCAUCAUCCGGGACAGUCACUCUUUCCGUGGAGCCUACGGUCUGGCCAUGAAGGUGGCAUGCCCCCCACCGACUGUCCAGCAAAACAAAAAAGUUGGCGACAUGACCAAUGAGCUGGUGAGGCACUUCUUGAUUGAGACCAGCCCCAAAGGUGUCCGUCUGAAAGGUUGUCCCAAUGAGCCCUAUUUUGGAUGUCUCUCUGCUCUGGUGUAUCAACACGCAAUGACUCCUCUGGCUCUGCCCUGUAAGCUGAUGAUUCCCACCAAAGAUCCAAAUGAAGAGGCGCUGGAACUCGCAACACCUACUGACCCAGUUGUUGAGCUUCUCAAACAAGGAGCAGUUCAGAAGGUUCCCGAGGAAGCCUAUGCUUGUAAUGUUCUCUUCAUCAACUCUGUGGACAUGGAGUCACUUACAGGGCCUCAGGCCAUUGCCAAGGCCAUUAGUCAGACGCUGACAACCAACCCUCUCCCUGCCGCCACCACUGUCCACUUUAAGGUGUCUAUGCAGGGUAUCACGCUCACCGACAGCCAGAGGAAAAUUUUCUUCCGGCGAUAUUAUCCCCUUAACACAGUGACCUACUGUGAUUUAGACCCCCAGGAUAGAAAGUGGGUAAAAGAAGGAGGUGGAUCAGUAAAGAUUUUUGGGUUUGUUGCAAGAAAACAAGGAAGCACAACAGACAAUGUCAGCCAUCUGUUUGCUGAGUUGGAACCAGAUCAGCCUGCCUCCGCCAUCGUCAGCUUUGUCUCCAACAUGAUGAAGCGGUGAAACCCUGAAACUUCACACGGCAGUGACCGGGUCGCAAUCAUCCGUCACAUCGUUGGUGUCGUUUUUAAAAGGACUCAACGUUGUCCUUCUUUCGGUUUGCUUUUCUGUUUCUCGCUUUCUCUCUUUUUUUUUCCUCUCUGCCUUGAUGGUUUGUCUUUCUUGAGUCAUAUCUACCUGAAGGCUUUGGAA